GAGCAGACUCCGACCGUGGAACUGCUCCACAGGUGAAGCGGAGAUCACUAGCUUUAAGAAGCUGGAAGAAAACUUCGUGUGCAAAAACUGGUUCACAAAUAUGGCUCUCUUCGCGUUGUUCCUUUCCGUCCACAUUGUCUCUGCAUCUGCCGUUAUUGAUGACCGGAAGCAGCUUACGGAAAAGAGCGUCACAGUUUACCCACAAGUGUUGGAGGCUCGAGAUGACGGGUCGGAAAAAGUUCUAAUUGUUCACGAAGGUUACCGCCUUCACUUAAGGAAAGCAUCCAUUCUCGCUGGCCGUCUUUUACUGCGAGAUGUAACAGAAGAUGGCGUCAUCGAGCGAUAUGUUGAUGGUGCCCACUACGAGCGACACCUGUACGAAGAUGCGAGCAAGAAAGCAUCCUUGCUGUUGAAGCCUAGUGAACACGACGAUUACUUUGUUACAGGCCUUGUAAAUUUCACCCAUCGCAUUGAGCCUGUGAUGCUUCGAGAAAGAACAUCAGUCGCAAGAACAGCACACAAGAUAUUACCAAUUGACAACUUACAAGGAUCAUGUGAGAAUGACCAAGCAAUUGAAAGCGAAUUUUACAUAGUGGAUAAAAACGAAAUGAAGAGUGGUUUUCGAGAAGCCUCGCCUCCAGAAGUUGAAAUGAGAGGAGCCAUUCCACAAAAGUUUGGUAUCGAAUUGCACUUCAUCAGUGACUACAACCACAGCAAGCACUUCGAAGGGCGAACAGACGAUCAUGUCAUGUACGUGACGCUGUUCAUGCAUUCGCAAUUGGUGUCGCCGCAGCGCUGUCGCAUUUACCGUAAUGGCGCCGAGACGGCCGCAGCCGCCGAGCAGUGCCAAGAUUACCAGCAGUGUUGA